AUGGCUCCGAAACAGCAAUCUGCGCUUUUGCCUCAGUCCAAGAAACCCAAAUCGGCUCCUUCCCCGAAACUGGAGGACAAAUCUGCCUCUCCCGGCCUGACGAAGGGAGAAAAAGAACAGCAAGAAGCAAUUGAACACAUUGAUGAAGUACAAAAUGAAAUAGACAGUUGUAUCUGUCAGCCAUCACAGUCAAUGUGCCUUCAUUGUUUCAGACUUAGUGAACAAGCAAGUGAGGAAAUACUAAAAGUAGAACAAAAAUAUAACAAACUCCGCCAGCCAUUUUUUCAGAAGAGGUCAGAAUUGAUCGCUAAAAUCCCAAAUUUUUGGGUAACCACAUUUGUCAACCAUCCACAAGUAUCUGCACUGCUUGGGGAGGAAGACAAAGAGGCUCUGCAUUAUUUAACCAGAGUUGAAGUAACAGAAUUUGAAGACAUUAAAUCAGGUUACAGAACAGAUUUUUAUUUUGAUGAAAAUCCCUACUUCGAAAAUAAAGUUCUCUCCAAAGAAUUUCAUCUGAAUGAGAGUGGUGACCCAACCUCAAAGUCCACUGAAAUCAAAUGGAAAUCUGGAAAGGAUUUGACAAAACGCUUGAGUCAAACACAGAAUAAGGCUAGCAGGAAGAGACAACACGAAGAGCCAGAGAGCUUCUUUACCUGGUUUACUGACCACUCUGAUGCAGGUGCAGAUGAGUUAGGAGAAGUCAUCAAAGAUGAUAUUUGGCCAAACCCCUUACAGCACUAUUUGGUUCCUGAUAUGGACGAUGAAGAGGGAGAGGCAGAAGAUGAUGAUGAUGAUGAUGAUGAAGGGGAAGAAGGCUUGGAAGAUAUUGAUGAGGAAGGAGAUGACGAUGACGGUGAAGAAGAUGAAGAUGAUGAUGAAGGGGAAGAAGGAGAGGAGGAUGAGGCGAGGAUGACUAGUUCAGAAGACUGA